CCUGCGCCCCGCGGCCCUUGCCAUGGCCGGGCCUGCGGGCGCUGCUUUCGCCCCUUGUCGGCAUCGCCGAGAAAAACCGCGCCGGGCCUUUCUACCCCGGUACCGCCCGUGUGUCUGAAAUUUUACAGAAUUUAUGGCAACGGUCCACGACCUUUCGACCUGUCGCAAUCAAACUACAAAUCUACUUGCCAGAGGUUUGUUGAGAAAUUCAAUGAACUGAAAGAAGAAGGAAAAAUUGAAGAGGAAAAAUUGUUUGAAGAAACAGGAAAAGCCCUUUUAGCCAGUGGGAUAAUUUUACAGAGAAGAGGAACAGAUAAAGGAGCACAACAGGAUCAUCGGGAUGUUGAAACCAGGGAUCCUGUGUUGCACCUGCAGCUCCAAACCGUGUUGGAAGAGAUGCAGGAAAAGAAGAAAGAUGAGGAGAAGCAGACGCCAGAGUUGGCAGAAACACAGAAGGAGAAUCCCUUGCCCUCCUAACGGCCGUGCUGCCGUCCUGUAGCACUUGGCUGCAGGAUGUGCCCUGGCUGUGGCAAUCGCCUGCCCGGGAGCCGGCAUUUCUGCCUCCACAAUCGCGUGGUUAUGAGGCAUUUUCUUAGGGGGAAUGUGCCUCGGUUAUCUGGCUCUAGUGCCUUCUGUGAUCGUGCGCGGGGUACGCGUUAUUCUUCUUCCAUCUCCCCAUUUGUAAAUUUGGAGAUAAUCCCCUUUUUUGAGGUUCAAGAAUGUUCUCUUGAAGUGUGAGUUGGAAAAUACGAGUAUAAAA